AUGUUCCAAGCUUACAUCUACCCGCCGCCAGAAGAGAUAUGGACCAAAAUCAAGAGGAUAUGCCACAAAUUCGUGUCCGGGGGCGAGGCGACAGAAGAAAAGACCUUCAUUCUUUGGAAUUACGAGCUGAUCUGCACGCCAAGGGAGGAGGUGGGGCUGGGGAUGAUUUGCCCCAAAAAAAGAUUUGACAGCAUAGCGGUGCAGAACGUAGGGCGCAUGAUGCUGCAAGCUAACUUGAUCAAGAAGUGGCUGACGGAGCGGGCGGCGGCGAUGCCUCUGGGCCUGGACACGAUUUACGCCCACCAAUCCCUGCUAAAGCACUGGAUGGAGGGAAGCAAGCGGUGGAAGGGUAUGGUGCAAUCUUUCUGGAAAUCCCCCUUCUGCGUCACCCCGGAGCCGGAGAAUCGAUGGGAGGUGGAGCGAGAGCAGUUGGCGUUCAACAGACGCAUACCUUUCCGAGGAGCCACCCCAUUCGGAAAUCAGAAGGGCUCGGCACGCCUCCUGGGGCUGACGAUGGGCGACGUGAUCUGGCACCGGGCAGAUGGCUCACGGGGGCUGAAGGACAAGGAGGCCCUGGCGAGUGAGCUCGGCAGCGCAGAGGCGGCGAAGCUAGCUCUGAACGCUUUCGGGGCGGCGCCGGCCAGUGGGGAGCCGGUAGCGGCUACGAGCGAUAAGGAGCUGGGGUUAAUCGGCGAAGCACGUACAAAUCUCGUGCAGUCCAAGCUAUGCAAGAACGGGGAGGUGCUGCCGCUGAAAGAGAUUAGGUUGGGACUGGUUAGCUCGGCACGCACUGUGAAGGAGCAGCGGAGAUGGGUUGGAGAUGGGAGGGUGAUUGAGUGGAAGGGGGUCAUCAAACAGAGGGACUCUCUCGCCACCCCCGCCCGGGCACGAGAAAUUUUGCUGAGGCUGCACUGUAGGAAUCUGCAAGUAAGGGAGCGGCUUUUCUUUAUGAAGGAAAAAGUGGUCUGUCCACACUGCAAGGCGGAGGAGAGACCGGAGCAUUGCUUGCUCGGCUGCCUAGCGAUUCAAAAGGUGGUGCGGUUCCUGCAGAGAGGACUGGCGGAGAUGUGUUGA